UAGGAGUGGAUAAGCAGCGAUUGGAAGGACUUGGAAACUUUAGAGGGGUAGUUCUUUAGAGUUAUCCUCCUCUCUCUAUAGACUCCUUAGCUCGGCUCUCUCCGACUCGCUGUUGCUUUGAUCUUCUCCUUAACAACAGUUAACGUCAUCGCAUAGCCCUCUGAAGGGGAGUUUUGUCUAGAAGGGUGAAGCGUUGGAGCUCUCAGAGGGAUAACACUGUAGGAGCAGCAAGCAGCAUCCACGGAGCCUCACUCACUCCUAACAAGAAGCACAUCUUUUGAUUGUUUAUUCAGCCCAGAAAACGCAAGCUACCACGGCAAAAGAUAUGGAACACCAGCUGUUGUGCUGUGAAGUGGAAACCAUCAGAAGAGCUUACCAAGACGCCAACUUACUAAAUGACCGAGUUCUACAGACAAUGCUCAAAGCAGAGGAAAAUUACCUUCCGUCUCCGAAUUACUUCAAGUGUGUCCAGAAAGAAAUAAUACCGAAAAUGAGGAAAAUUGUGGCUACAUGGAUGUUAGAGGUCUGCGAGGAACAGAAAUGCGAGGAGGAGGUUUUUCCACUGGCUAUGAACUACUUGGAUAGAUUUUUGUCUGUGGAGCCCACACAUAAAACCAGAUUACAACUCCUGGGAGCUACUUGUAUGUUUUUGGCCUCAAAGAUGAAGGAAACGGUCCCUUUAACUGCAGAGAAGUUGUGCAUUUACACCGACAACUCCAUCCGGCCCAGCGAUCUAUUGCAAAUGGAACUACUGACUCUAAACAAGUUGAAAUGGGAUCUAGCAUCAGUAACGCCUCACGAUUUCAUAGACCAUUUCCUCUCCAAGCUACCAAUCCAUCAGAACACGAAGCAGAUUCUGCGCAAGCAUGCCCAGACAUUCGUGGCUCUCUGUGCAACAGAUGUCAAAUUCAUCGCCAACCCUCCCUCCAUGAUCGCAGCGGGCAGUGUGGCAGCAGCGGUCCAGGGGCUGUACCUAAAGACAGAGAAUACCCAACUGUGUAAAAGCAACUGA